GCUGCUUGAGGGAAUUGAUUUCGAAUGGAUCGGAAGCAAGAUCACAGGCUUUGUGAAGACGAUCAAGACUCAAUCAGAAAAUUUGGUUGACAUUGAUACUGUCCUGGGCCCAAUGCUGUCACAGAUGGACAAGACUGGCGAGUCUGUACGACGAUUGGAUUUCGUGACCGAGGCACAGAGCUCCAUUUCAGGCGCUGUCGGCCUGAAGGAGCAAGCCGAGAAAAACAGCCGGGCCAUCGGCAAGAUCAUACCGACAUGGCAAGCCGUUGAGGGCACUGCAGUCAGCAUGUGCCCGUCAGUGCUGGCAACGAAGGACACCAUUGGCCACCUGCAGUGUCGCACGACGGAGUUCGUGAGCAAAGCCGGCCUGUCCUCCUGGGUCCCAUCACAGGUGACGGACAUCGUGGGCAACUGUCCCGCCAAGUUGCCGACGACGGAGGAAGCAGUGGCGCAGGGCUGCCCGGAGAAAGCCCAGUCCGCCAACGUCAAGGAUGUACUCGGUGAGCACUCUGAGACCCUCGGUUGGGCCAUGGCCGUCGGCGGCGGUGUGGUGGGCCUGGGCAUCUGUGGAGGAGGGGCUGCUAUAAUGAAGAGCAAGGCGAGCAAGGACGAGGAGGAGUAUGACUCCGAAGAAGAUACGGAAGAGAAUCAGACUUUGAAUGGCUGA